UUCUCUGCGCGCGAUGCAGUGAUGUCAUAUCACGUCAGUCAGCCAUGUUUAUUCUAUGAAGUGUGUUUGAAAUGGUGAUUAGUGAUAAAAAAUAUUGAAAUAGUGAAGUAUUUUUAAAUAUUUUGUAUAGAUAACUGUGCUAGUGAGGCAAAUCAAUUCAAUGUGUUAUUUGUGUAAGUGAGGAUACAUACCGUGAAAAUGAAUUGGGGUACAGAGCUCUGGGAUCAAUAUGAUAACUUAGCCGCCCACACACAGAAAGGAAUUGAAUUUCUAGACAAAUAUGGAAACUUCGUUAAGGAAAGAUGCGCGAUUGAAUUAGAAUAUGCAGGAAAACUCAGGAGGCUUGUAAAAAACUAUCAACCAAAAAGAAAAGAGGAAGAUGAAUAUCAGUACACAGCGUGCAAAGCGUUCAGACAGCUGCUGCAAGAGCUGGGCGACUUCGCGGGUCAGCGCGAGGUGGUCGCCGAGAACUUGCAGUCGAAUGUCGUCAGAGAGCUGCACCUGCUCGCUAAGGAGCUGCGAGAGGAAAGGAAGCAACAUUUAAACGAGGGAGCGAAACAAAUGACAGUACUACACACAGCGAUAGGUUCGCUUGACCGGGCGCGGAGAGCGUACGAGCGAGCGGCAAGGGAAUCUGAGAGGGCGCUUGAGGCCUUCCAGAGGGCGGACGCGGACCUUAACCUUAGUCGAGCGGAAGUAGAGAAACAGAAAGCUAACAUGAAGCUACGGAGCCAGGCGUGCGAGGACGCAAAGCACGAGUAUGCCGACCAGCUGCGGAAGACCAACGAGGCGCAGCGGCAGCACUACGAACAGAGGUUGCCACAUGUCUUCAAACAGUUACAGGAUCUGGACGAGAAACGGAUAAAGAACAUAAAGAACUUCAUGUUGAGUUCAGUGGACGUGGAGAGGAAGGUGUUCCCAAUAAUAAUGCAGUGCCUAGACGGAAUGGAGCAGGCAGCCAAUAGUAUUAAUGAAAAAGAGGACACACAGUUAGUAAUAGAAAGGUAUAAGUCGGGUUUCGUGCCGCCCGAAGACUUUCCGUUCGAGGAGCAGCGCGGGGGCACGGAUAGCACGGACUCCGCCCCCCACCACCACAACCACCUGACCGCCGCCCGCGGUACCGUCUCCGGGCACCGCAUCAAGAAACGUGGAGGCCUACUGUCUAUAUUCAGCUCGAAUAAGAAGAUUGUCGAGGCGUGCAACUCUAUCAAGAAUAACAUGUCAAUGGACGGAAAGGAGGAUUAUUCAGACUUGCCACCGAACCAGAAGAAGAAGAAACUACAGGCUAAGGUUUCCGAGUUGACUAAACAGGUGGCGCAAGAGCAAGCAGCGAUGGAGGGUCUGAUGAAAAUGAAAGGCGUUUACGAGACAAACCCUACGCUCGGCGACCCCAUGAGUGUCGAAGGUCAAUUAAAUGAGUGUUGCGACAAGUUAAAGAAGCUUCGGGCACAACUGCGUAAGUUCGAGGAGUUAUUAGCUGAGGCCAACAACCAGGUGUGUGCGCCGCCGCUACACCCCGCCGCGCGUACCAACGGCGCGCCGCCGCCGCAGGCCACCAGCAUCGGCUCAAAUAACAGCGAAUCUCUCUCGCGGUCGGCAUCCGAGUCGUCCGUGAGCACGGGCACGGGCGCGGGCGCGCCCGUGUGCAGCGCGGGCGGGCGCGCGGCGGGCGGCUCGCCCGAGUCGGGCCUGGGCGGGGAGCUGGCCGCCGCACACGCCGACCACGCCAACGGAGACGACCACAACGACCACGACAACGACCACGAGUCUGACUUCGACUACUACUACGAGCCGGAUCUGCAGCCGCUUGGCUAUUGCAAGGCGUUGUAUCCGUUUGAAGCGAACGGCACAGGCUCGACGAUGCGUAUGGAGUGCGGCGAGCGGCUGUUAGUACUGGAGACAGACGCGGGCGACGGUUGGACGCGCGUGCGCCGCCACCACACGCGCGAGGAGGGCUUCGUGCCCACCACGUACAUCGCCACCACACUCUACGCGGACGCGCACCACUAGCGCCGCACAUUUACUACUGCCCCGCCCGCAUACACGAUGCGAGUGUUAGUUAUACGGCGGGCGUGCGUGAGUGCGAGGCGGCCUGUCCGCGCGUGGUGACUGUGAGCGUCUCUGUCGGACCUUGUGCAAUGUACCAAUGUUCUUGUGGCCUACAUAGUAACCAGUAUUUUUGCUAUAAUUUAUCCUAAUGGAAAAGUUAAGCAUUAUUUUUUUAACGUGUCCUUUCUAUUCCGAUUAUCCUGGCGAGGGCCAUAGAGCAAAAACGAGGAAAUCAUAAUAACAUUCCAUGAUCUUAUUUAUUGUGUAUAUUGUUUGUUAUAUGACAUACAUAUUUUCAUGUAUGCCGUAUGGCUGUAGCUGUAAUGUAAUUGUAAUAUUGUGUAACUCAUCUAGAUCUUCAUUGUGCCAGCUGUUUAUGUAAGGUUUUCGUACUUAUAAUAGUUGUUAUUCUCUUGCUUUUAUGUGAUUCUGCCAUUGAGUAUUUGAAAUUAUAGCAAAAAUAGAUAGUAAAUAAUAAAGUAAUUACAAUGUGUAAAUUAUGUAAACUUUAAAUUUAUCUCGAAUCGGAAAUAGCUCCGUAUUGAAAUGUUAAUAAAUAAUGAUUAACGUAAUGGAAUAUUGUAUCCGAUAUCACACGAUGUAUUAUAUUAUGCUUAUGUUUAUUGAAUUUUACAUAGAUUUAAUGCUAGCUAAAUGUCGUAAAUUAGCCAAUGCUAUUUUCAGAAUUUUUGCGGUAUGCAAUUAACGGAUAGCGAUGUAUUUAUAUGUGUACAUUGUGGGAAGUGUCAGUGGUUGCAGGCAAUUACCCCCAGCCACUGUGAUGAAAUAGUCACUAACCUACGUCGCCGCACUAUAUCAAUGUACUACCAAUGCCUUGGUACCUUUAUUUACAACUAUAGCUCAUGAUCUUUGACAUAGUUCAAUAUACAAGGAAUACAGUUGACAUGAUUAUAUUGUAUGCCUUAUAAUUAAGUGACUGCCUGUAAGCGCUUAUGCGAUCCAACCUGUACAGCGAGGGGAUGGAUGAAUGAGCGCAUUUGAUUUUUAUAUAAAAAUAAAAUAUACAUAUGAGGACAUUUAAUAA